CAACCAUUACCACCCCCUGUUGCACCCAAUAGUCUACUGCCCGGACACACAUACAUCAUUCCUUUGAACCAGCACCAAGCUGUUCCUCUGCCUGGUGGGGGUGCUGCAACAUCCACUGCAGCCAUUGCCCAGUCGCAUGUGCCUUCAA